ACAUUUUCCCUGACGCACUUUUUUUUUCUUUGACACUUAUAUUUUUUUGUACUUUCUCAAACUCUUCAUCCCUUUCCCAAUAUAUUAGUCUAGGGCUCAGUGUCACAUACACUUUGCCUUCCAUCACUUCAUAUAAACCCUAAUUCCCCUCAAUUUUCCCCUAUAUUUUACCAUUUUUACGCGUUCUGCUUCUUAAUUCCCUUUCGGUAACCAAUUCACCUCACAUAAAGUAAAUACGUAGCCACCACGAUUGUUGCGUCCUCCGGCCACCGCUACAUCGGCUUCCCACUGCUAUAGCUUCCUCUGUUUUGCAAAGUCUGAAAUCAGGACCUUCGCCUCUUCGAGGCACUGAAGCGGUUGAACCGCGUCAACGUGUCAUCAAGACCUCAGAGCUGUAGGAUUGUAAAGCUACGCCAACACACUGAUGAGUCGAACUUUCAGCGGUAGUGGGAGAGGGAGGUAUCCUUCAGGAAGAGGUGGUUUCCGAAGCGAGAGCUUCAGAGGACGUGGGAAGUUUGGUGGUGGACGGAGUUAUGGAAGAAAUGAAUUCAGAAACCAAGGAGAGUUCUCAGGGUGACCUAAGGGUUCAAUAGGACAGAAGGGAGAAAGUUCUCAACGACCAAGUCAGAAUGGAGGUGGGAGGGAUGGACGUCAAGGUUAAGAUAGCAAAUGACAGUAUAGGGGAGGAAGUUGAAAAGUUGGUUGCACAAAUUCCAGAAGGUGGUGUUUUGCUUCUAGAGAAUGUGAGGUUCUAUAAGGAGGAGAAGAAGAAUGACCCUGAAUAUGCAAAGAAGCUAGCUUCUCUUGCGGAUCUCUAUGUUAAUGAUGCAUUUGGCACUGCCCACAGAGCUCAUGCUUCUACAGAAGGAGUGGCCAAAUACUUGAAGCCCUCUGUUGUAGGAUUCCUUGUGCAAAAGGAGCUUGACUAUAUAGUUGGAGCCAUGUCGAACCCCAAGAAACCAUUUGCUGCUAUUGUUUGUGACCGGAGCUUCUUGUGGUUAUGCUUUUGUUGAAUAUGAAACUGGUACAUGUUAAAAUUUUGUCUAAUUUUUAGCUUAAAAAAAUGAAGCUUUAUGACAUGACAAAAACUAAAAACCUAUCAAACCUUAUUAUCUAUGUAUACAGGGAGCUUAUCUGGUAAGAGUGUGAGAAGAGCUAAUCUUUGCCAUUAAAUCUCAUAGGGAUGGUCAAAAUUAGCUCUUCUCAUGCUCUCACUUGAUAUGCUUCGCACGCGCUUGUGUAUAAUUAUUCAGCCAUGUUGUAAUAGUAGUUAAAUUUUGACAGCCUUGACCCCAUAAAAAUAAAAAUAAAUAAAAAAAAGUUGAUUUUACAACCACAGUUAGAGUAGUUGAUGAAAUCAUCCGGACUCCAGUUGGCUUGUAAUAUGCCUUUUUAUGAAAUUUUUAAUGGUACUGAUAUGUUUUGAAUUUUUCUCAUUUGCAGGAUGCUCAUCAUUGUUUUAUUGAUGAUUAAAUAGCAGAGAGAUGAGUAUAUAGAUUGGAAUGCAUAACUGAGAACUUUGAUAUAUAGAUUUCAGCUGAGAAUAUAAUUAAUUUUAUGAUAAUUUUAAGAAACCCAUAAACCAGAAAUCAAAAUUAUACACAGUAACUAUUUUUAUGUACUUGAAGACUUCUUCGCAUGUUUUUUUUGCAUUUUGUCUUUUAACUAAUUAUAUUUAUAUUUAUUUUCUAUUGCUUACUAAUUUAUUAUUUGAUGAUUUACUUUUGAAUAGGUGGGCCUGGAGGUUUAUGCUUCUCCUCUUAACAUAAUUAAUACUUUUAAGGUAUGAUUUGGUGAUAAACCCUUUUAAAAGGAUAGGAUGCAUGCAACAACAAUUCUUGGAAGAUAGAUUUAAAAAAUGUGUUGGUUGAACAAUGAAGUUAAUAUUUUGUAUAGAUGUCCUGUGACAAUCACAAACUUAUAGUUUUAGCUUUAUUUGGCAAUUAUUUCUCUUAAAUGAUGUAAGUGGAAAAUUUGAUUAGCUCCGCUUAUAUGAAUUGGAAAAAAAAUAUGAAUUUUGAGAAAUUGU